AUGGCGCCCAAGAUACCGCCUCCUGACCGCAAAGAGAAGUUGACGCUUUCUCAACUCGCCAGCUAUGAUGAUGUGAUCACAGAUGCUCUGGUUGAUCGGGCCUACUUCUGGACAAAGAUCCGCAAAAACCGAACCAAGUAUAUCUCUUGCAGAGGCAUCCUUGAAGAGCAGGUCACCGCCAUCCUCCUCCACGAUGUCAUUGUCGGGAAAGACGUGCCAAAGGCUGAGAAAGCACUCCUGGCAAUUCCGGGGCUGAAGAAAUUCGUCGACCGCUUGAAAUCCGAUCGAGAGAAGGAAUGGUUUCGUCGACACCUGCGCAAAUACAUCUCCAUCUACCUGCCCGAUUGCCCUUUCGAGGUCAUGACAACCAAAUCGCUAUACCAUAACCAUCCACGAAGCGGCUGUUUUCUGCGCGCAAGUACAUCGCCUCGGGGAACAACGAUACGCGGGCUCAGCGGCACCCUUGUACCCAUGACCCGUGAGGAGGAGAUAGAUCUCGAUUUGACAAGGAAGGAUUUCAGCAUUGUGAUGUCGAGCCGGAAGAAGACGCCGUCUAUCUUUCUGGGCCCAGCGCGAUUUGCGAAUCAUGAUUGUAACGCGAAUGCGAGGCUCGUGAUGAGGGGCCCGGAAAGUAUGGAGGUGGUCGCCAUUCGAGAUAUUGUGGUUGGAGAAGAGAUUACCGUCUCAUAUGGAGAGAAUUACUUUGAAGGCGGAAAGUGGAGCGAAAGGCUUCGAACUUGA